GAUGUCAUCAGAUACGCCCUCUCCAUUGACCAAAAACAUUUGUGUCCAGACGUUAGCGCUCCGGAGAGCCCGACGAGCCGGUUUCUUCUACGAAGUCUUGUUCGUUAGUCGAUUGAGCUUUUUCGAAUAUGGUCUGUGGCGGGUUCACCUGUUCCAAAAAUGCGCUUUGUUCCCUGAAUGUGGUUUACAUGCUGGUCGGGCUGCUGCUAAUCGGAGUAGCAGCAUGGGGGAAGGGGUUCGGCUUGGUGUCCAGCAUCCACAUCAUCGGCGGCGUCAUCGCGGUGGGCGUCUUCCUGCUGCUCAUCGCUAUUGUUGGACUCAUCGGAGCGAUUCACCACCACCAAGUCAUGCUCUUCUUUUACAUGGUCAUUCUUUUUAUCGUUUUUCUGUUCCAAUUUGGAGUUUCUUGUUCCUGCUUGGCAAUGAACCGCGGACAGCAGGAGGCCCUUCUGAACUCCGCUUGGAGCAUGUUGGAAAACAAGACCAAGACGGAUCUGGAGAGCCAGCUGAACUGCUGUGGGCUGCUUAACGGGACCACCAACCAGGCGCAGUUUAAUCAGGACUUGCAGAACUGCCCGGCUUUAUGCAAAACCAACACCGCAUGUUACACCUGCGGGGAUAUGAUGCUGACUCAUGCAACUGAGGCUCUGAAGAUCCUCGGGGGCGUCGGCCUCUUCUUCAGCUUCACGGAGAUCCUGGGAGUGUGGCUCGCUGUGCGCUACAGAAACCAGAAGGAUCCUCGAGCGAACCCAAGUGCUUUCCUAUAGGCCGCCCCCCCCGUACGCAGCACCACAGAUGCAGUCUCAGGCACACUGGCUCACCUAGUAUCAUGCACAUCUAGAGGCGGACACGCCUGCAUACAACACGGUACCACACCAUCUACAACGACACACAGAGUGGAGGAGCGGGCGCAGCACCGGACAAACACUGAAAAUGAAUAAAAACGACACACACUUUCAACCGAGACCGAGAAACUACAACAACCUGUCCAGAGAUGUUGCCAGAGCUCCAUCCGGAAGACCUGGAUACUUGUGUAUGAAAGGAUAACUUGUAAUGCCAAGAAGUGUCACUUGUUGGUAUCGCGACACAGCCUUGAUUUGAGUACCAGAUCUCCUGCUAGUUUUCAACCAUCUACCACCUACCGAGGGAUGAGACCUCUUUGCAUGUGUCCUAGUCCUGCACACACUUUGAUCAUUUCAAUUCCACACACCCACAAGGUGACUGAGCAGUGUCUAACAAAUUGACUCGUAUGCACCUUUUCUUUCCACUUGUCUCCAAUGUAGUGACCGACAUAAUGACAAACAUAUUCCUCUGGUCAAUGCUAUUGGUGAUGUGUAGAAUACAUUUUAUAUAUAUAUAUAUAUAUAUAUAUAUAUAAAAUAAUCUCUAAUGUGUCCAGUGUGAUGAGUUUGUGCUCAAAGUCAGCCGAGGAGCCACAAGAAGCAAGUACUGGACAUGUGUUGUAAUGUAGUUUCUGAAACGUAUGUAUGUGUUUUUGUUUUUUCACACGUCACAAAUGCCCGGAUGUAACAGGAUUACGAAGCGAGAUCAGAUGUUGGGUAAUGUGGUUGCUAGUCCUUCCAGUUGAGAAAAAAAAAGUAUGAACUGUAACUGAGCCAACUAACUUUUAAGUCUGCGAUAUUAGGAUGCCAAUGCACUGCAGCCUGGAUGUUGUACAUAGUCUUUUAGAAUCUCUGGAUGGGUUUGCCGUGUAGUCGUCCCUCUAGUCAGGAGGUCUGCCUUCGUAGUCUGAAGACAAACAUCCACCCUCCCUGUAUUAAAUGUUCCUUUGUGUUGCACAGUGAUGUCACUUACUAUAGAUUAGGGUAGUGGAGAGAGUAUCGGGUACGGAUCUUUUCUUUCUGUGUAACUGGAAGGGAUCAUAACAAAUAAAUACAAUUAAGUGCUGUUUUGUUUUUAGAUAUUUGGUUCAUUUUAGCCCCAACCGCUCAUUGCAAACCCAAUUCUGUUUUUAAUUGUGUUGUGAAAAUGUGGUCUUGGUUGCAGUUAUUUUUCUUUAAUGUUUUAAAAGAUUUUUUUUUUGUGGAAUGAUUUUUAUUCUCAGUGGCCAUCUGCUCUUUUUGUUCAACAGUGUUAAAUGCUUUGUAAAAAAUGUGUCAAAUAUUUAACUUUUAAAUUAUGUUUGCGGAUGCUCAUUACGCUCAAUUUAUGUUAUAGUAUUAAUAUGAUUUUGCUGCCUAACUCGAUGGUUGACAUAUCCUGUUGAUAAAACCUGCUCAUGAUUUCUCUCUUAAGAUGUUUCCUUUUUUUGAAUUGCUUUUAUCUUAACGGACUAACAAACUGUAACUACAUGUCUUACUUGAACCUGUUGACUUGGCUGAUAUGAAUUUCCUGCUGCUGAUUUGGAGUCAUCGCUGGUGUAAUAAACACAUUUUGACGAAUCUUAAGCAUUGUUAUGCCAUAUAUUAAACCUCACUUUGAAUUUGUGUGUACUUGUUAUUCAAAUGUAUCUUCAAUUUUUGAGACUUAAUUUUCCAAAUAAUAAAACCUCAAAUUGCAAACCGUU